GUUUCCUAGUACGAUGCGCAUCCAGUAUCUUGUAAUUUAUAUUAAAUGUAAAUAAUAUUUUUAGCAAACUUAAGUAAGUUAUUUAACACGCCACACUUAGAGAAGUGUGAAAGCAGGCUCGAUGACAAUAUAAGUAAAAACGUUUCGACACUUAUGUCCGUCAGCAGUAAUUGUCAUUCCACUUGUCAGCAUCCACAGGUAUCUUGUGUCAUAUUAAAAGCACUUAAGGUCCAGGCGGUUUAUAGAUAUUUUGUUUAAUCGUUUUUUGGUUCUUGAUUUCAUGACAUCAAUGUAAAUCAAUGUAUUAGCUGAAUAAAUUAAGUUGUCAUCUGUUGUAUUUACUUUACAGAUUUAUGGACAAGGGUCUAAUGUUUGCUUCAAAUAAAUUUUGUCUAAUUAAAUAACCCCUUAAGGACAAAUUAUAUGUUAUGAUGUUGCAAAUUGUCUCCUAAAUAGAAUACCCUGUGCUAUUACAAUUUGACAUGAUUAAAUAUUUGCAACUCCUCACAAACCUUCCACAGUUAAAGGGUUACUCCAACCUUCAUGACGACUUCUGCUUUUAGAAGUGGCCAUGGAGCAUGGAAUCUGUUCCCGCAGCGUUUCAGCUUGAAACGCUGCACAUACAGAUAUGUCUGUAAUUUGGUGCCUAGGGUUAGUUGUACCCACAGCAUACAUGACAUGCUGAAUGUCUUUCUUGCAAAGUUUAUAGAACCAAAACAGAGAGCGCCUGAGUGACAACCCCUAAGCAUGCCUUCCAACAGUCCUGCCUUCAGUCGGAUAGUCCCGAACUCAGGGUCCUGUGCCCUUGUCCUGCUUCAGUGCCCUGGAGUCCCACAGCUGGGGUCACCAGGGAACUGUGUCCAGGCUGCACAGUGCGAGUGCAUCAUUAGAACAUUAGAUGCCCUUGCACUGUGUAGCGGGCACUAGGAGUGUUUUGGCGGCGCUCCCUUCAUGUUCCUGAUAGCUUGCAGCCAGCCAGCCAGUUUGUGUGUCAAUGGAGAGUCCUACCCUAAUUGCGUAGUUCGUGACAUGUGUCACAUCACUGGCAAUGCCUCCCUCAUGGCCCUGCUCAUUCUUCCCAAUUAGAAUCAAUGAAAUGUUGUGAGAUAUGCACUAGAGGUGUGUUAGAGACAAAUGUUUACACAAUUUUUUCUCAUAAAAGACAGUGUUUACUAUUGUCAGACUGAAGGGACACACUCUUUCCACUAGGAUCACUUCAUUAAGCUGUAGUGGUUCUGGUGCUUAGAGUUUCCCUUUAAAUGAGUGCAGCAUUUCAAUAUGCGGUAGGAUCUUUAACGGUUGGUUAAUAAUGAUGGGAUUUUUCCUUUAUUGGUCCUGAAAGAGUUAAAGGGAUAUUCUAAGCACUUUGACCCAGUGCCAGACCAUUAGGGUAUGCAGCAUUUUGCCACUUAUAAUGAGUGAAUUGUUGGCACAAGGCACUUUGCCCUUAUUGCUCUCUUUUCUUGGUAGGAGCUGUAAACAUUGACAGGACUCUAUCUAUCUCCCUUGGUAAGCAUCUGCAGCAAGUGAUCUGUUCUUGCCUGCUGUAGCAGAUAUAGAACCACUUCUUGCUUAACCCCUUAAGGACACAUGAGAUGUGUGACAUGUCAUGAUUCCCUUUUAUUCCAGAAGUUUGGUCCUUAAGGGGUUAAAGACCAUGCAGUUCACCACUGAGAGGGGCUGGAUAUGAUUUGACAUUAUAUUCUCUCUAUCUCUCAGACUGUACUGCACCAGACUAUAAGCUGAACUGGAUACACCAUAAAAUUUUUCAAGCGUAUACAUCAUGGUUACUCGGUCACCAAGUCAUAACCUAAGGAGUAUUCUAGAUGUAAAUUCCACCACUAAUAAAGGGAAUAAUUCACAUGAAAUGAGCAGGAGAUAACUGUGUCAACAAAAUUAUGUAAAUUGGUCAUAUUGUCUGAAAAAAGACACCUAAAAUGUGGCUGUUAGGAACAGAAACCUGUUUAUCAAAAAGUUUGUUCCUGAACAUGUUUUGUUUCUCAGUACAGGACAUUGAACCGAAUCAGUGUUGCUGCUCUUGAUUUAGGACAAGAACAAGAAUUUUAGGAAGAAAAGAACGCCUCCAAAAGGAGGAUGUCUAAAGUUUUGAAAAAGAGAAAUGAUAGAAGGCGCACUAAGAAAAAAGAAUUGCUUUGCUCUCCACAAAUUCAAGAUGAAGUGGGUAAGAUUAGAGAAUAUCAUUUUUUUUGUUCUGUGGUUUGCAUCGAAGUCGAAUGGCAUCUACCAGGCAGGCCAUAAACAUGGUGACUUCUGCUGCUCAGAAAGAAUGCUCAAUGUCAAAUGAUGCUCACAUGAUGUAUUAAUGCUGUCCUAGCCUAUAAACAAGAGGUAUGAUAAGAGAAAAAUCUAUUUAUCUGGGAGGACAUAUCUCUUGCUGUUUCAGCACAGCAUGUGUUUUGGCCCUUUUAUCCCACCGAUCUAAGAGAGGAGGUUGAAUUUAUUCAAAUUUUUUAGAUACUUCUGCAGACUUUUGAUGAAGUGCAUUCCAUACAGAAAACCUAAGCUCUGGCAAUUCAUACAUUUAAAGGGAUACUCUAAGCACCAAAAUAGUUUUGAUGAGGUGGUUUUGGUGUAUAGCUGCAGCCUCACUGCUCAAUUAUCUGCCAUUUUAGACAUCUCCCUCCCCCCACUCCUUCAAUAGACAUCACAUCUUCGCAUUAGGCAGUUUCUUUUUCUGUUUAUCUUCCCAUCUUUGCCUCUUUGCAUUUCACAUCCCCCUCCAGAUUAUACAACUCCCCUGACAAAUUAAAUACCCGAUCCUUACUACAUUACACACCUUCUUCCUACCACAUUACACACCCUGAACCACAUUACAUUCCAAGGUAUCCAAAUUACAAGCCUGCCGUCCACAUUACACACUUGCCAUCCACAUUACACUCCCCCUUCACAAUUAGGAAAACAUACUGAUGGUAGACCACUUCCGUGGAGAUAGGGUAUAUGGGCUGCAGUGCGGGCUAGAUUUGCAGUGCUUCCAGAGGCAAAUCAAGGUCAUGAGGUUUUAUUUGUGCCUCCCAAUCACCUCCUCCACAAAAAGUUUAGAUUUCCAUGCUAUGCAAAGCCCAUCUGGUCGCUUCUGACCUAUACAUUUACUGAGAGAUGGUACCUGGGAUGAGGAUACACAAUGACACAUAAACACAGUCCCUGGCACACAGACAUUGACCCAUACAUGCAUACAUUACCCUAGUAACUGUGUGUAAAGAGCCUCAAUCUGGUUCUUAUUACUCAGGUCAAUGACCAGACCUGGGAGCAGAAAGAACUCUUCACUUGUUGAUAGUAUGAGUAGCCAGGGGCAUGCAAAAAGCGAUGGGUAGGUGGGUGUAAAACAGAGAUAGAUGGAAGCCACUUUGGACUGCAUCUAUCACUGUAUGAAUAUGUAUUAUGAGCUGCAUCACAAAUAGCCUUAACUAUCGUAGUUAUGCCGGAUGGUACCCCAUCUGACCAGGUGACAUCUGAUGCCCCUGGCUCCCCUUUCAUAACACUUCUGAUUGCUCUCUCCCCCUUUGUCUCUCUUUAUGAAUCUGAGUGUGACCAGGCUAUACUGACAUCGUAUUCCGACUGAGCCCUGAUUCGUAAGAUAGUAAGCACAGUAUCUUUGUGAAAAGAACACACAGGGACAGAACUUUAUUAACAAUAUUGUGGGUGGUCAAGGAGAUCUAACGAUCUCCCUAGGCUCCUCACAGCAUCACCCAGUGCCCCAGGUAAAUGUCUUAUUUACACUAGAAAAUGGUAAUGUUGGCCCUGGAGGCAUGAUCUGUACACCAAAACUGCUUCAACAAGCUAAAGUUGUUUUACUGCAUAUAGUGUCUCUUUAAACUGAAUUUAUCGUAGGCUUAUGACAAGGUACACUGCAGGGCAGAGAAAAAUGUUACCCUUAUACACUGUCAGUCAAAUUGCUAGGUUACAAAUAGAGAAAAUGAUGGACAAUGCCUUACAAAAUGGGUCAACUCUAGUCCAUGUAAAUUUCAAGCAAAAACAGAAACACUGCAGAUUAGUAAGGAGUGGCAGAAAACCUAGACUUAUGAAGCAAAAUUUGCACAUAGUACCUAACGUGUGUGCCUAUUUAGAAAUGGGUCUUUCUUCCCAGAAGUACUAAUUGGAACACGUGAUUAUGAAUCUUAGACUAUCACUGCCAUCCAAAUAUGAUGAAAUUGUUAUUGUGGAAGUGUAAAUACUGCAUUAGUAAUGUGGCUAAUAAGGGGCCAAGCCAGGGGGAUUCCAGCGUUUUAGAAAACUGCUAGAAAACAAUUUGGCACAGAACCUUGGGAUUCCACCCACAGUCUACUGGAAAAGUAUCCACUACAACAGACUGUAGUGGUUGUGAUACUUAAGUCUCCCCUUCAAUGUUAAAACCAGGUUACAUUAAAAACAUCCAUGGUUCCCUUAGUGUGAGACGUUCUAUCUACAGCAAAGGGUGUGGAAUUACUUGGGUAAUAGGAAAGAUUACCCAAGUAAUUCCAUGGCUACAGGGUAACUCUUCUCUCUCUUUGCCUUUGCAUAAAUAAUCUUAGUCUUUGUGCAUGCUAAACACAUUUAAAGUGUUUUCUUUCUGUGCAUAUUCAUUAUCAGAAGUUCAGUCCAGCAUUGGAGACCUUGUAUUGGCAGCUGAGUUGAUGGAAAAAGUGAGUGAAGAAACACGCCGGGGUCUUGGAGAGAUUAGUAAAUGUAUAACACAUGACCAUGGAGAUUACUGUGUGCCAGAUGACCCUACAGUUUUGAAACAAAUGGUGAAGGAGUUAAAGAAAACCUCUUACCAUCAGAACCAGCUCCUCCUUUCACUGCAUGAAUCAUUGGACAAUAAAGAGAAGCAAUGUCAAGAACUACAGGUAAUUGAAAACCUGUUUCUUAUAAGUAUUUUUUGGCCUUUGCUAUAUUUUCUUUCAAUGUGCAAGAAAUAGGACAGUUAUGGAAAGUGAUUUGUUUAGAAUAGGCCAAAUCACUUUUUUUUUCAUCUUUGAAUGUGGUCCUGUCACUUGGAGGUCUGUGUAAUUAAUUGCAAAGCCAUAUCUAGGUAACAUUUUAUAAGUUGUAGCAUCUGAUUGUGGAAUACAAAGGGUAAUCUACUCUUCAAGGCAGUUUGAUACUCCUCGGGUCACAUAAAAAGAUGCAUUUUCCUAUCAGCUUUCAAUAGUGACAACUAAUGGAGAAAGUAAGAACAAGGCUACUUUUUUGUCAGUCAUUACAGAUGUUUAAACUGCAAUUGGAUAAAUACUUACAAAAACAUAACAUACAGGGAUAUAAUUUCUAAUUAGUGGGGUAAUAGCUGCUUGAUCCAAGGAGACAUCUGACUGCUAUUUUGGGGUCAAGAAGAAAUUUUGUCCUAGUUUGUGGCAAAAUUGGAAGCACUUCAGACUAGGUUUUUUGCCUUCUUUUGGAUCAACAGCGAAAACAUAUGUGAGGAAGGCUGAACUUGAUGGAUGCAAGUCUCUUUUCAGCUAUGUAACUAGAAAUGAAUCAGUAUCAUAGUAGUGCCAAGUCCAAUAGAGUACACUAGAAAAGUACCCCUCUUUCUAAUGUGCAGAAUUUAAACAGCAAAGUAGAGAGUGGGUAAAAUUGCAGUUUUGAUGAUGCAACUAUGACAAUAAACAAUGCAAUUGUAGUCUUCCUUUUUUAGCAUUAUAUAUUCUUAUUAUCAUUGGUAUUUAUAUAACGACAACAUAUUCUGUAGCGCUUUCCAAUAUUAUAAGAGGAGAAGAUUUAACAAUAAAUUAGACAAUUACAAAAUGUUACAGGAACAAUAGGUUGAUGAGGACCCUGCUCAAACGAGUUUACAGUCUAGAGGAAGUAGGUUAUAAACACAAUAGGACAGGAUAUAGCAACCAAAGAAGGUAGUGAGGCAGAGCUGGAGGAGAAAAAAGUGCUGCCCUCUAGGAGAGAGCAAGGGACAGAUAUGUGAGCUGGAGGUUUCUCUGGGAGGCCAUAAGCUUUCCUGAAGAGAUGGGUUUUGAGGCAUUUUUUAAACGAUUGGGGGAGAGUCUGUUGGUGGUAGGCAGGCUAUUCCAAAGCAAGUCCUGCAAGCAUGAGUUGGCCUUAUGGGUGCUAGCAGCAGACAGGAGAAAGUCUGUUUUGGGCAGAGAGACCGGGAAGGGCAUACCUGUGAAUCAGUGAAGAGAUAUAACAGGGGCUAGAGUUGUUCAGUGCUUUAUAGGUAUGGAUUAGUACUUUGAAAUUGACUCCUAUAGGAUACAGGAAGCCAAUGUAAGGACUGAUUGUGGUGUGAGAGUAGAGACUGAAGAGGAAUAUCAGUCUGGUGGCAGCAUUCAUUACAGACUGUAGUGUGGCAGUACAGCUUUUGGGAAGACCAAUUAGGAGAGAAUUACAAUAGUCAAUGCGAGAGAUUACUAGAGCAUGAACAAGCUUCUUAGUAGCGUCUUGGGUAAGAAAGGGGUGGGCAAUGUUUUUUAGGUGGAAUCAACAGGAUUUGCUAACAGACUUGAUGUGAAGUUUACAGUUGAGGCCAGAAUCAAAUAUAAGACCAGGACAGAGCGCUGGGAAGAAUAGGCUGAAGUGGGUACCAUCAACUUAAAGGGAGAGAGAAAGAGGAGGAUCAGUAUUAUGAGGAGGAAAGACAAGAAGCUCAGUUUUGGAGAGAUUAUGUUUCAGAAAAGGAAGAAAGCCAAGCAGUGAUUGGUUGCCGGACUGUGGGGGAGAGGGCCGGGAGGAGAGAUAUAUCUGGGUAUCAACAGUGUACAGGUAGUAGUGGAAUCUAAAUGAGGUAAUAAGUUUGCCAAGAGAGGCAGUGUAAAGAGAAAAUAGAAGGGGGCCAAGAAUAGAGCCUUGGGGGACUCCAACCGACACAGGACAAAGAGAGGAGGUAUCAUUAGAAAAAGAGGCACUGAAUGAGCGUUGGGAGAGAGAGCCACAAAAGGACAGUGUCAUGGUGACCAAGUGAUUGAAGAGUUUGGAGAAGGAGAACAUGAUCAACCGUGUCAAAGGCAGCAGAGAGGUCAAGAAGAAGUAGUAUACAGUAGUGGCCUUUGGAUUUAGCUGCAAUUAGGCCAUUUAAUAAGAGCAGUCUCAGUAGAGUGGAGGGGGCAGAAGCCAGACUGAAGAAGAGAGUUGGAAUUAAGGAAGCAAGACAGACUGGUAGAGACAAGACUUUCCAGAUGCUUUAGAGAAAAGGGAGCAGGGAUAUGCUAUGAUAGUUAGAAGGGGAGGACACUCUAAGAGAUGGAUUUUUUAAGAUGUGUUCUACGCUAUAUAGGUUUAAUUUACUUUACAAAGAUGUAAAUAAUUUACAUACCUGUUUGUAUUAAGGAGACUGUUGCCAUUAUCCCAUUACCUCCCAUGGACUUAUAGAACCAACCUGGGGAACCAGUAAUGGUAAGUCUAUUGAUUAUCAAAAAAACAACCAAAAGAGGAGAUAUGAGAACUUUGUCAAGUGACAGUGGAAGUUCCUUAUGCAGAAUAUGACCGGCAUACAGGCUAAGGAAAAUGAAUGCACCCUGAAUCACAUCCAAUGCUCCUACAUGACAUAGGACAGGAAAGAUAAUUCUCCUCUAGGAGAGUCAGUUUCCAUUAUAUAUUUUAACUGUCUUAGCUUCUUGAUCCAAGGAGAUAUCUGACUGCCAUUCGGAGGUCAAAAAGGACAUUUUUCAUAGUUUGUUGCAAAAUUGGAAGUGCUUCAAACUGGGUGUUUAUGCCUUCUUUUGGAUCAACCGCAAAAAGAAAUGUGAGAAAGAAUGAACUUGAUGGACACAUGUAUCUUUUAUUUAUUUAUUACUGGCAUUUAUAAAGCACCAACAUAUUCAGAAGCGCUGUACAAUUAGGGUAGAACAUACAACAUGCAUAGACCAAAAGAAAAGGUAAAGAAGGCCCUGACCGUGAGCUAAGAUCUAGCCAAUGAAGCUCUUUUAUGCAAAAUGCUUAAACCCUUAAGGACCAAACUUCUGGAAUAAUAGGGAAUCAUGACAUGUCACGUGUCCUUAAGGGGUUACAGCCCUUGAGUUUACAAUCUAAAUGAUAUAACUGGGAAUUUGAGACGAGGAAGCUAUAGAACUAUCUGUUAGAAACUAGUGUUAUUUUGUUGUGUAUGCUGUCCAGAAAUAAAUUAUGCAUCUUUAACCCCUUAACGCCGUUGCAGCGUUCUAUCCCGUCCCCAUUAUAAUGGGCUUUAAAGCCGUUGCGGCGGCAUAGAACGCCAUAACGGCUUAAGCCCCCAGGAGGUCCGCGGUACUUAACUCUGCUGCAAUCCUCUUCGGGAGGACUGCCUGACAGCCCAGGCAGCCAUCCACCGGCAAAUCAGGCCACCGGGGACCAUGCGAUCGCUCUCAAAGAGCAAUCACAUGGCCGCAAUAGCUGGCUGUGGAUCUGCCAGCAGGGGGACUGUCUGGGUUGUCAGACAGUCUCCUUGCUGGUGGGUAGUGUAAAAAAAAAAUAUUAAACAUGUUUAAAAUAAUUUGUGUGUGUGUGUAUAUAUAUAUAUAUAUAUAUAACGUCAUAUGUAGUGCAUUUUAAUAUUAAUAUAAGUACAUAUAUUAGUAUUAAAAUACACUUAGAAUUAAGUUUUAUAUAUAUAUAUAUAUAUAUAUAUGUCCAGACUCUGGCACUCAACCCAAAACGAAUAAAUCAAAACAAUAUUACCCGGGUGCCUCCAGGCCAAUACAUAAACAAAGUAAGACAGGAGCACUCACUUGGAUUUUCCAGUAAUGUAUUAUAAAGUGUUCAUCAAUCUUAGAUCAAUGUUUUGAACCUUCAGGGGUCUUUAUCAAGAUAAUCCAGUGUUUGUGACUAAGUGGCUACUAAAAAAGACUGGACAUACCCCACUUGCAAUACCUUGGGUUGUUUACUUUUGCAAAUGGUAUGCCAUCAUGGGGGUAAUUCUUAUUCCUGGGCUACCACCGGAUCUCAAAGGUAACAUUACUAAUCUGGCAAAUUUUAAUGUGAAAAAAAAUGAAAAAUGGAAUGUGCUAUAUUUGACAGUGUACCUUUCCAAAACACCGUAAAAUCUGUUAAUGGGGGACACUGUUGUACUCGUUAGACUUUGCUGAAUACAAAUAUGUGCAUUUUAUUGCAGUAAAAGUUUAACAGUAUUCACAUUCACAGCUAAAAUGUCAGGAGGAACUACAAUUUUUUUUUUAAAAAAUCUUAAUUUCUCAGUUUUUUUUAAAUAUUUUAUUCAUAAUAAAUUAUGUUUCAUAUACAAAUAGUUCAUGAGAAAUUAAAUACCUGUUUCUCCUGAACAAAAUGAUAUAUAAUAAGUGUGGGUGCACUUAAUAUGAAAGAGGUGAAUUACAGUUGAACAGACCUAUAACGCAAAUUCCAGUUUUUGUUUACAUUUUGUUUUGAUCAGAACGUGUACUAUUGACUCGGUCCUGAAGGGGUUUAACCCCUUCCCGCCAUUACGGCGUUUUAUGCCGUCCCACAAUAAGUGGGCUUGAAAGCCGUUGCGGCGGCAUAGAACGCCGUAACGGCUUUGAGCCCUGGGAUACUUACCUACCCUGCGCUCUGCUUCGGGAGGACUGCCUCACAGCCCAGGCAGCCCUCCCACGGCAAAUGAGGCCCCCUAUAGCUGGCUGUGGAUCUGCCAGCAGGGGGACUGUCUGAAAUGUAAGACAGGCACCCUGCUGGUGGAAAGUGUAAAAAAAAAAGAAUUAAACAUGUUAUAAAAUAAAUAUAUAUACACAUAUUAUAUAUAUGUAACGUCAUACGUAAUGUAUUUUAAUAUUAAUAUAAGUAUAUCUAUAUAUAUAAGUAUUAAAAUACACUUAGAAUGACGUUACAUAUAUAUAAUAUAUUUAUAUAUAUAUAUAAUAGAUAUAUACACAUAUAUUAUAUAUAUAUAUAUAUAUAUACGUAUAAUUACAAUAAUAAAUAAAAUAAAAUUAAUAAAUAAAAUAUUGAAACAAAUGUAAUAUCAUUCUAACUGUAUUUUGUUAUUAAUAUAUAUAUAUAUAGAGGUAACAAAAUACACUUAGAAUGACAUUCUAUAUCUAUCUAUCUAUAUAUAUCUAUAUAUAUAUAUAUAUAUAUAUAUAUAUAUAGAUAUAUAUAGAUAGAUAGAUAAAUACAUAUAAUUACAUAAAAGAUUACAUUAGUAUACACGUAGAAUUUAAAUACCUAUAAAUGCAUAUAUAUUAAAAUUCUACGUGUAUAUUUAAGUAAACUUUUAACAUAAUUAUGUGAUUUGAUUAAUUAAAAUUUGAUUGACAUGCCUGACAACACAGGGAGAAAGUGCAGAGAAUUUAAUUCACAAGCACUAUAUUUGACCCUGUAACUCUCCAAGACACCAAAAAACCUGUACAUAGGUGGCACUGUUUUACUCGGGAGACUUCGCUGAACUCAAAUAUUAGUGUUUCAAACUGGUAAAUUGUAUUACAACAAUGAUAUUUUAAGUAAAAGUUAAGUUUUUUGCAUUUUUUACAAACGAACUGCACUUUUAUGGACUAUAUUAUUGUUGUAAUAUGUUUUACUGUUUUAAAACACUAAUAUUUGUGUUUAGUGAAGUCUCCCGAGAAUAACAGUACCCCCCCAUGUACAGGUUUUAUGGUGUUUUGGAAAGUUAGAGAGUCACAGGCUUGCAUUUCGUUUUUUUUACAUUGAAAUUUGCCAGAUUGGUUAUAUUGCCUUUGAGAGCGUAUGGUAACCCAGGAAUGAGAAUAACCCCCAUGAUGGCAUACCAUUUGCAAAAGUAGACAACCCAAGGUAUUGCAAGUGGGGUAUGUCCAGUCUUUCUUAGUAGCCACUUAGUCACAAACACUGGCCAAAUAUUAGUUUUUGCUUUUUUCACACAAAAACAAAUAUGAACGCUAACUUUGGCCAGUGUUUGUGACUAAGUGGCUACUAAAAAAGACUAAACAUAUCCCACUUUCAAUACCUUGGGUCGUCUACUUUUUCAAAUGGUAUGCCAUUAUGGGGGUAAUUCUCAUUCCUGGGCUACCACACUGUCUCAAAAGUAACAUUACUAAUCUGGCAAAUUUCAAUUUGAAAAUGGAACUUUCUAUAUUUGACCCUUUAACUGUUGUACUCAUGAGACAUCGCUGAUUACAAAUAUGUGCAUUUGCAGUAAAACCUAACAGUAUCAUGACAUUCACAGCUAAAAUGUCAGACGGAAAUACAAAUUAAAAAAAAAAACUUAUUUUCUCACAUCUUUUUAAAUUUUAUUCAUAAUAAAUUAUGUUCCAUAUAUGAAUAGUUAAUGAUAAAUUAAAGCCCUGUUUCUCCUGAACAAAAUGAUAUAUAAUAAGUGUGGGUGCACUUAAUGUGACAGCGGUGAAUUACGGUUGAACAGCCAUAUAGCGCAAAUUCCAGAUUUUGUUAAGUUUUGUUUUGAUCAGAACGUGCACUAUUGACUCUAUCAUGAAGGGGUUAAAUAGGAUAGUAUAAAACCUUGUUGGGAGAGUUUCCAGCCUCUUAAUAUUUGUGAUUGGUUUAGUCUUGAAAAUGUGAAACUAAUGCCUUAGUACAAUUCUAUUAACCUUACUUUUGUGUUUCCAAAAUAAAGGAGAAGCUGGAGAAUGAUCGGUGGAUGUUGAUAGCUGAUAUGGGCCAACAAAUUUCUCAACUGGAAUCAGAAAUUAGGAAUUUACACUGUGAAAAGGAAAUAUUGGAAAAGAAAAAUAGAGAUCUACAAGAACAAUUGGCCAAAAGUUCUGGGACAGUUCUUUAUUUAGGUCAACAAGUAAAGGAUCAGGAAAGCCAAAGUGAAGAAAUCCGUUUCUGCAUGAACAGCAUAAAAAAUGAAAACAAGUGGGUCCGUUUCUAUACAGGUUUUGAUGGUUAUGAGCAUCUCAAUGAUUUUCUUGGCUUUCUCACUGCUGACCCAAAACUUUGCACUGGCAAAAUUCGGAAACGGACAGAGGUAGGACCUCAAAGUGCCCUGAACUUAGAGGAUCAACUACUUUUGGUUCUUACUCGAUUACGCCUUGGCUUAUUGCUUCAAGAUCUAGCCUUUCGAUUUAGAGUGUCUGAGUCCACAGUUUCUCGGUACUGGUUAAACUGGACAGAGCUUUUACAUGCGCGACUUACACAGGUAAGAUCAAUUGUAAAUAAUGAUUAGGUCAUCUGAGAUUACACUUUUUUUUUAUUAUUAUUAAUUUUUAUUGCAGCAUUUUUAAGGAAAAUUUACAAAAGGGCAAACCAAAUGUACAAAUGAGAAUUCAUAUAAAACCAAAAAUAAAGGGUACCUACAGUGAAGGUAAUUAACAGUAAGAUAAUACACUGGGAUCAUUUGGUCUCAUGAAGGCAAGAAGAAUGGUAGAAAGUGGUGAAAGAAGAAAAAGGUAAAUAAUAAAAGAUUCAAUAGUUUUACAUCUAUGAGCACACACUUUGAAAUAGAAAGUCCAAGUUUGUCUCAAUCCAUGAGUCCCAAAUAUUAUAAAAAUAGGGUGAGGUGCCAAUGAAAGAGGUCAACAGAGUCACCUUUUCAUUGUUGAAAAGUUAGAUUUUUUUAAAAAUUUUUCUUUUACUAGGCCAAUUGUAAAAGCAGAAUCUGUGCCCUUCCAACUUUUCACAAAUGUGAGUCUUGUCUCACUGGAGACUUUAAUGUGGAGGGCGCCUCCCAGCUCCACUACUUCAGCAGGCUGUAGUGGGCAUGGUGCCAGGAUAUAAAAUAUAUGAUAAACAAUUAUUUACACCAGAACCAAUCUAUAGGCGGAGCGCUCCAAGUGAGUUAACUCACCCCACUCUUGGUCUGUGUAAAAUGACCUAUACGUGGGGACAGAAUGGACAGUAAUAUGGUGUAGUAUAUCACAAAUGAUAAUGAAAAAAAUGAUGAAGAAUAUAGAACCACUCACAUGGUUCUGAGCCCUAACUGGACAGGCUCAGAUCUCUCAAGCAGGCGUGUUUAGGGUCACACAGAACCUUUACAGUAGACAAGGCUCUUGUUGUACCUUUAACGGAUGGAAACCAAAUAUAGUGCAGUAUCGGUAUAUAUAGGUGUAGAUGCCAAGAAAAUGCUAAAAAUUGCUCAUCUGAUUCAGAGCCUAAAUCCUGGCUCUGAGUAUAUACCGUAUAUACUCGAGUAUAAGCCGACCCGAAUAUAAGCCGAGGCCCCUAAUUUUACCCCAAAAAACUGGGAAAACUUAUUGACUCGAGUAUAAGACUAGGGUGGGAAAUGCAGCAGCUACUGGUAAAUUUCUAAAUAAAAUUAGAUCCUAAAAAAAUUAUAUUAAUUGAAUAUUUAUUUACAGUGUGUGUAUAUGAUGAAUGCAGUGUGUGUGUAUGAGUGCGCAGUGUGUGUGUAUGAAUGCAGUGUGUGUGUAUGAAUGCAGUGUGUGUGUAUGAAUGCAGUGUAUGUGUGUAUGAGUGCAGUGUAUGUGUGUAUGAGUGCAGUGUGUGUAUGAAUGCAGUGUGUGUGAUGCAGUGUGUGUGUGUGUGAUGCAGUGUGUGUGUAUGAGUGCAGUGUGUGUGAUGCAGUGUGUGUUUGUGUUGCAGAGCCUUGGUGGGAGGUGGGCAUUUUUAUAAAAAAAAAAAAUAUUAUUAUUUACAUUUUUUUUGUUAUAUUAUUAUUUUUUUAAUAAUUUUUUUAUUAUUAUUUUUAUUUUUUUUAUUAUUAUUUAUGUAUUAUUUUAUUUUUUUAGUUCAUUUUUUAGUUAUAUUAUUUUGUUUAUUAUUAUUUUUUUAUUAUUAUUUAUGUAUUAUUAAUUUAUUUAUUUUGUUGUCCCCCCUCCCUGCUUGAUACAUGGCAGGGAGGGGGGCUCUCCUUCCCUGGGGGUCCAGUGACAUUGGCAGUUCAGUGGGGGGAGGAGGGGACUGGCAGAGAGCUGUUACUUACCUCUCCUGCAGCUCCUGUCAGCUCUCUCCUCCUCCGCGCCGGUCCGUGCAGCUCUUCUGUCAGCUCCCACUGUAAGUCUCGCGAGAGCCACACUAUGACCCCGCGGCUCUCGCGAGACUUACACUGGGAGCUGACCGAGGUGCUGACCGGACCGGCGCGGAGGAGGAGGGAGCUGACAGGAGCUGCAGGAGAGGUAAGUAACAGCUCUGCCAGCCCCCAGUCUGCAUUAUGGCAAUGGAAAUUGCCAUAAUACAGACUGACUCGAGUAUAAGCCGAGUUGGGGUUUUUCAGCACAAAAAGUGUGCUGAAAAACUCUGCUUAUACUCGAGUAUAUACGGUAAGUGUGUGUGUCAAAAAGGGGACACAAACCCUUCUAGAUGAAUAGCAGGAACACAGGAUGCUGGUAUCAACAGUGGAUUAUAAAAUAAACAAUUUAUUAUAAAAUAUAAGGUGUAUAUAUAACAAAAUAAAAUCUAUAUAAAAAUACAGUAAUGAAGUUAACUCACUUGAAGCGCUCUGCCUAUAGAUUGGUUCUGGUUUUUUAACCAUUCCUUUUACCUUCCAUACGUUACUUUGUGUUAAGUUGUGAGAGGUUUACACAUUGGUGGUAGCAGCACAAUUUCCCCACUAUAAUACUUGUAAGCGCCUGUAUACACAUCAUUUUUUCUUUUGUAAUUAUUUACAUCAACAACCGAUAAAAACAAAAAGGAUAAAAUACAGAAGUCUUAAUUACUCACUUAGGUUUUCAAAGUACAACUUUUGUCCAGGGGGUCUCGGGCAAGGAAAAGAUGGAGACUCACUUAGAAUUAGAUUCUGACCCCCAAGCAAGUACACAAGCACCCUUCAGGAUCAUUAGAGAUAUACCCGGUGGAUUACUACGCCUCACCCAGAGCUGGAGUUAAGGCGUAGCUAUAGAGAUACUAAGUGACCACCCUCUUGUGUCCAGACCCACAUCAAUCCAAAUGGAAACAUUUGGUUCUAUCUUCUCUUAUGUACCCACCACAAAAAUAAUAAUUGCCUCUAUGAAUUUAUUAUUUUCCUAUUCUAUACAUAUGUUGCAUGCCUGCCUUGCUAUCCGAUAGGAUGGACACCACAAUUUCUUCCCCUAUGAUCAAGUUAGGCCACUCAUGUCUGGACUUGUUUAGAAGAUGGUGCUUGCCACAUUCCAAAUAUAACAAAGAUGAAGCUUAAUUAUUAUUCUGUGGGGUUAAUAUGAAUGUUUUUGUCUUUCCUUUGGAUAUGAUACUGGAACAAGGCUUGAACUAUCACUUACAAGGUACAUGUCAAAUGGAUGAAGAGACAUUCUAGUGUAGAACCUCACACCUUGCAGAGCCUUGAUUACUUCACAUCCAUUUGGUAAAAUCCUUUUCACAUUGCUAUGCCACUCAUACUACCCCUUCUGUCAUCUGACCUCUGUGGGGGUCCCAGCUUCAAAAGAUGUAACCUCUGUUGACCUUGACAAUACCAUAUCUGCCAUUUACUACACAAAUUACAUUAAAGGACAAUAUUCCAUAGUGUAAUAAUAAAUAAUGCACCCUUGCCGUGACAGCAAUUUCUUAUAAAACUGUUUUACAUUGCAUAGUUAAAACUACAUGGCCUCUGCACCCACACAACUUUAUUGAGAUUAAAUGGUUUGGGUGCCUUUAGUGAUCCUUUAAAUCUCAUAUGCCUCCUGCUUGCACAGUCUCUUAAUUUAUCCUAAUCCCUCUUCAGAAAAGUAAAAUCCUGUUUACACUAUGCUUUUAUUUAUUUUUUAAAUGCACAUUGCAAAAUGUAUUAAUUUAAGAGAAGUGGACACAGAACAAAACUCCACUUGAGGACUGGACAGUAAAUGAAUUGAUGGUAAAGGCACCAAACUUCCUGAUUAUUUCAGUUUGUGCAGUAAAGCUCUGGACUAUAUCCCACCCGGCCAGAUAAAGAUGUGCAUAACAUCCUUCAUGAAUUCUAAAUCUUGUUUAGGGACUUGAUGCAUUUUGCAAAGAGCAAGAAUUUAUAAAUAUAUAUUUUUAAUACCCUACUGUGAUGCCCCAUAUGUCCAGCGACUGUGGAAUGACAAUUCCUAAAGGCUCCAUGAUCAAUUGUAGAUAAGAGAGGAUGUCUAGUGUCAUUGCUCAUCUGGACAACAGAUAUAGAGUUAAAGGUCCUAAAUUCCAGUUAGGAAAGGACAGUGGAUUCUUAAAUGGGAAAGUGCUUGCAAUUAAUAUUUAACAACCACUUGAAAGGCAUUCUUUGUAUUGCCUUGUUGUAGUUAAUUUUCUCCUAAGAAGGCAUGGGGCUGAUAAUAGAUCUGUUGAAAGCCAUGGUCUGAAUACUGAAAUGAGCAUGUCCUGAACGAGCCCUCUAAAUUCAGUUGAGGGUCCCCUCUUUCACACUUUAUAUAAUUUCAGUUGUCAAUCAAAUAGCCGGUAGUGUGUUUUUCCUAAUUGCUUUGUAUCCAAGCAUAAAUCAGAGGCAAUACUUCUUUUCAUAGAGAAGCAUUGGAUUCCAUGUAAUCUGCCUACCAAUGCUUCUCUAUAAGAAUCAUUCUAAUGGCCAAGAAAUUAUCAGUACUGAUCUCUAAAGCAGGUGGAGUGUAGCUUCAGAGUGGUACUGUCUGCCUGCUGAAUUAUAGGUAAGUUAACCCUUUAUAUGUACACACACACAGGUAUAUGGGGGAGGCUCAAAUGCUUAAGUGCACCUUUAAUACCACUUCUCAAAAUAUGGUGGUAUUUACAUCAUUCAUGCUUUAUGGGUAACAUACUAAUAAACUACUUGGCUCCUUCCGGUGUACAACACCCAUAAUGCACCAUUGACCCUGCUGGUGAUUAGUGAUGCACCGAACGGUUCGCUGGCGAAUAGUUCCCGGCGAACAUAGCAUGUUCGCGUUCGCCACGGCGGGCAAACAUAUGCGCGGUUCGAUCCGCCCCCUAUUCGUCAUCAUUGAGUAAACGUUGACCCUGUACCUCACAGUCAGCAGACACAUUCCAGCCAAUUAACAGCACACCCUCCCUAGCAGACCCUCCCACCUACUGGAAGGCAUCCAUUUUACAUUCAUUCUCAAGCUGCAUGCUUAGUGAGAGGAGGGAAAGUGUAGCUGCUGCUGAUUAGAUAGGGAAAUGCAUAACUAGGUUAGGGUAUACAGUGUCCACUACAGUCCUGAAGGACUCAUCUGAUCUCUGCUGUAAGGACAGCACCCCAAAAUGCCCUUUUUAGGGCUAGAACAUCAGUCUGCUUUUUUUUUUUUUUCUGUGUAAUGUAAUUGCAGUUGCCUGCCUGCCUGCCUGCCAGCUUCUGUGUCAGGCUCACAGUGGAUACUGUACCCAGUGCCACCGCUCACUCACUGGUGUCACAAUAGCUUGCAUUUAAAACCCAAAAACUUUUUUCACUGUUAUAGAUUGAAUAGCAGUUAGUUGUCUGCCAGCGUCUGUGUCAGGCUUACAUUGGAUACUGUGCCCAGUGCCACCACUCACUCACUGGUACCCGGAUGAAAUUUAUUUUCACAAAAGGCAAUCCCCAACCUGUACUCGAUUGUGCAAAAAUAAAUAAUGGCAUGUCUGGCACACAGUGUUGGGGCAAGGGUCCAUCUGACCACUGAUACCUGGUCUGCAAAGCAGGUAUAUCACCUACACUGCGCAUUGGGCAAACCUGCUGACGGCUGCCAAGCAUGGAAUGCGUGGCUCUGCAGAGGAGUUGGUGACACCGCCACGACUUGCAGGCAGGCCUGCUGCCACCUCCUCUACAACUCCUACUCCAUCCUCUUCCAUAACCUCCUCGGCUGAGUCCUCUUCUGCUGCUGCGUCUUGCUCCACAUCAAUGGAUAGGGGACGUAACAGGGAUUAAACUGAUAAGAAUAGUACUACUUAACACACCACUCCUAUCUGGUGGCACAUUAGAUUGCACGCGCAGUGCCCCAAAUUUGUUGUGAUCUGUGAGUAAGGUAAAUGGUUGUCCAUACAAGUAAGGUUGCAGCUUUUUGAGGGCCCACACCACCGCCAGGCACUCCUUUUCAAUGGCAGUGUAUCUACUUCCCUGGACAAUAGUUUCCGGCUUAGAUAAGCCCCGGGUUGCUCGCCGCCAUCUGCUCUGACUUGGCUCAGUAAUGCUCCCAAUCCAAACAUAGAAGCGUCUGUAUGGACGAGAAAGCGUUUAGUUGGAUCAGGAGCAGAAAGUACAGGUGAUUUAAUGAGCGCCGUCUUGAGCUGUUGGAAGGCCUGUUCACACUCUGGGGCCCAUACUACUAUCUUGGGGAGGUUUUUACGCGUUCCUAUAUGGCACUUACUGGGCUUUAGGGUCAGUCCGGCCUCCCUAAUCCGGUCUAGUACGGCUCCUAUGUGGGUCAGGUGUUCGGGCCAGGAGCAGCUAAAAAUGGCUAUAUCAUCCAAGUAGGCGCAGGCAUACUCCUGAAACCCAUCCAGUAGCCGAUCUACCAUCCUCUGAAAGUUAGCCGGGGCAUUCUUCAUCCCGAAUGGCAUGACCUUAAACUGAUACAGGCCAAACGAGGUGACAAAUGCCGACUUGUGGAUGGCGUCCUCGGCUAAUGGAAUUUGCCAGUACCCCUUGCACAGAUCUAUUGUGGUGAGGUACUGGCUUCUGGCCAUUUUGUCUAGGAGCUCGUCUAUACAGGUUGUUUUAUCGUUUAGCCUCCGGUAGUCUACACAGACUACAGACUCCCGUUUCGGUACUAGUACUACAGGGGAGGCCCAGGGGCUGUCAGAGUGUUCUAUCACCCCUAACUGCAUAAUUUCCUAAAUUUCUUUCCGCAUAUUUUCUUUAACAGCUUCGGGUAUGCGAUAGGCGGUUUGGCGAAGGGGGGUCUGGUCUAGGGUUUCAGCUUUGUGAGUGGUUAACGGACUGUACCCAGGUAGGUUGGAAAACGUGGCCCCCUUGUCCUGGAUUUGCUCCUGGGGGUCUAACCGUUCUCCUAACUGUACUUCUCCCAGGUCUCUGCUCUGGUCCUCUAGGUCUAGGAGAUCUGGGAGUGGCAAAUUAUCAUAAUCUUCAGUUGCAGGUGCACAGAUCGCGGUUACCUCUUCGGUGCGCUCGUGGUAUGGCUUGAGCAUGUUCACAUGGAGCAUGCGCUUGCAUCCCGUGCCUGUGACCGCACCGAUCACAAAGGUGGUAUCACAAACCUGCUCUACAACCUUGUAUGGGCCCUGCCAGGAAGCCUGCAGCUUGUCCUUGUGGACAGUGUCAAUCCAUAUCUGCCAAGUGACCCUAUGUAGGGGGAACAGUCUCUAUUCUGCUCUGUGUCAGUGUGUAUCAUGGUCUCUGAGGACAGGUGUCAAUCCAUAUCUGCCAAGUGACCCUAUGUAGGGGGAACAGUCUCUAUUCUGCUCUGUGUCAGUGUGUAUCAUGGUCUCUGAGGACAGGUGUCAAUCCAUAUCUGCCAAGUGACCCUAUGUAGGGGGAACAGUCCCUAUUCUGCUCUGUGUCAGUGUGUAUCAGGGAUCCUGAGGACAGGUGUCAAUCCAUAUCUGCCAAGUGACCCUAUGUAGGGGGAACAGUCUCUAUUCUGCUCUGUGUCAGUGUGUAUCAUGGAUCUCUGAGGACAGGUGUCAAUCCAUAUCUGCCAAGUGACCCUAUGUAGGGGAACAGUCUCUAUUCUGCUCUGUGUCAGUGUGUAUCAUGGUCUCUGAGGACAGGUGUCAAUCCAUAUCUGCCAAGUGACCCUAUGUAGGGGGAACAGUCUCUAUUCUGCUCUGUGUCAGUGUGUAUCAGGGGCUCUGAGGACAGGUGUCAAUCCAUAUGUCAAGGUGUCAAUAUGUCAGGUGUCAAUCCAUAUCCAUUGUGAUUUAGGAAUGUUAGGUGAUUUCUGCCCUUUAUGGAUUAAAACCAGACUCUGCAUCAACUGUGUACUUUUCCAUGGGAGUUUUGCCAUGGAUCCCCCUCCGGCAUGCCACAGUCCAGGUGUUAGUCCCCUUGAAACAACUUUUCCAUCACUAUUGUGGCCAGAAAGAGUCCCUGUGUGUUUUAAAAUUCGCCUGCCCAUUGAAGUCACAUUUGCGGAAGUUCGCGUUCAUCACUACUGGUGAUACUUCCCCAGACAGGUCAACCUUGCAUAAGAACAUGCACUUCCUUGCCAGUGCAUCAGCAUACAGUGACAUUUGUCACCCUGUUUAUAGAUUACUCUAGCAAAUGUGAGAUAUGCUCACCACAGCAAUAUCACACCAUGUUUUCAGUACUUGCAGUGACACCCCCUCUUGGAGGAAUUCUGUGCCACAAAUUGAUAGGUAAGCAACCAUUUUUUUUUUCUCCAGGUUUAGUUCUAUAUAAUACAUUUCUAGCCGUUCUACUAGGAUCAUAUAUAGAUUAAUUUGCAUGUACUUUUAUUUAAACUUGUGUUUACCAUGAGUGGUUCACUCAUUAAAUAAUAUCUACAAAGGAUUAUGUACUUGGCUGUAGUGAUGCCAAGCUAUCUAGUCAUUAUUUGAAGCUUCAUGUAAACUCAGAAAAUGUGCCAGUCUUAUAAAUUCACUAAUCACCUAGUAAUAGCAGUGUUUUUCAUUUUCCAGAUUCCAAUUCUGUACAGCUCUAGAUACCUUGACCCUUUUGAACCAAAAAGAAAUAUACAACAUCAAGGCCUGAACUGUACAAUUCUGGACUGCACAGAUCUUUUUUUUGAAGUCCAAGCAAAGGAUCGUGUUAAAGCAGCUUCUACACACCCAUGCAGAAACCAUUAUUUACGACGUGGAUAUGCCAUAGCCUCUGCCAAUGGUUUCAUUACUUUUUCAUCUAGCUUACCUUUCGGAAUAGCCACAAAGGUAAUGGACGGCCAACCACAAGAAGAACUAGAUGGUGGAAUAAAUCCACCCUUGAAACUGCCACCAUUCAUGCAAAAUGUUCCAAUUGGCCUGACACAGGAGCAGCAGGAUAUGAGCAGGCAGGUCCUUAGUCUUCUAAGUCUUAUUGACAAAGUUCUAAAUUUCCGCUUUCUAAAGGGAAUAUACCCCCAGAGUAUGGAAAUGCAGGUUGAUAGAGCUUGGGUAAUUUGCUGCUACUUGGCUUGCCUUUUGCAUGAUCCAAUGGGAUUAUUGUAA